AUGGUCUACCAAUGGGAACCUCACAAAAAUGUCUGCUACCAGCUGUACAUCAAUGAGCGCCGGUCCCUAGAGGACAUCAUGGUGCACAUGAAAAAUGUAUACCAAUUCACACCAAGCAAACGGGCUUUCCAAGUGCAGUUCAGUCGCUGGAAAUUCCCUACAAAGCAGAGGCUCAAGCAUAAAGAUGACCGACUCGUGAAGCGCAUCCAUGAGCUGUGGCAGAAGAAUAUCCCGCAAGGCGAGAUGCUGCGGAUCCUCAACGAGGAUGAUGGCUUUGACAUCAAUUCGCGAGAGCUCAUAAGAGUGCGCGCUCGGAAUCGAUGGCUUCUCAGAGUUCAACACGGUGACCGAGCAAAAUCUUGUGACACCGAUAAUGAUGAUGCACUUGAAAAUGAUACCUCGCUUGAUGAGGAGGAGGAAGGAGACGUGACGAACCCGCUACCUGGCCAAGAAGCAACCUCUGGGCAGUCCGUGAAUUCUUUCCAAGAUGGCGCUGCUUCGGCGACUCCUGUGCCCAAGCCACGCAAGAUCAGCAAAAGACAAAGUCGAAGAAAUCGUCAGCACCUCGGUGAAGAAAAAGGUCUUGUCCGGUUUCCUUCCGAGAUGACCUUGAACGAUUCCAAGGAAGUGUUGAGCCUCGACGCGACUACUUACGCGCAAACCCGUGAAUGCUUUGCCGGAAUUUGUCAAGAAGAGUCCAUUGUUAAAAAGACCCUCGCUGGACCUGGAAGAUGGGACUAUGUCAAGAACCGCCUGAUACACGAGCGUCCCAACCUGCAGCAGGUUCUGUGGAUAUCCAAGGAGAACCUAGAAAGGAAACAGCUCGCCUUGGACAUCAUCUGCACUGAUGUAACCAAGCGCUUACGCAACCAGGAGACCAAGAUGACGCUCCUUGAUGCAAAGAACGAACUGGGCUUGAACCCAGAAGAAUCUCACGAUAUACGUGCCGCUUUACAUAUUGUGCUCAGCGACGCAAAGUUCACGUGCAAGUCUGACGGGACACCAGAGCAGUGGGAAGAACUAAAGAAGCAAUGGCUGGAGAAGGUCGCGCUUUUGAAAGACAUUUCCCUUGAUGGGGACGACGAGCAGUCUCGUCGAAAGGCUAGGGCGAUUGAAAUUGUCGCUCGGGACGUGAUUAAGAGAAAGAGGGACGAGAAAAGAGCCAAGGCUGCUAAAGCUAAUGAGACGACCAAGCCAAAGGAGACUGCUCAACGCAAUGUACAGAACAGUGGCCUAGAACAUGACUUUCAAGGAUCGCAGGUCACGCCUGAGAGACACCAGUCUACGCACCGUCAUCAGGUACAACAAGAGAGAGAUCCAUCUCCAGCCUUUUCUUCAAUACAGCAAACAGGAGCGUCGCGGUCCAGCCCAUCUACAAGCCCAGCGGUAAUAGUUGAUGGGAUAAUGGAAAGCAAUAUGGACACUUCUGGCUAUGGAUCCAUAAAUGCAAGAACAACUUCGCGAAUGGAGUACACAACAACGAGGCAACCUGUACCGCCAAAUCGACCUGUACAAAUGCAACCGCAGACUCCUAGUAUGCCGACUCCUCAGGCAGCUCUUCCUCAACCUCAUAGAAUGCUGGGCUCGUCUGCCACUGCCGGAGUACCCAUGAACAACCAGUACGCGUCGUCCAUGUACUUGGGAAAUCAGCCCCAACCGAAUUAUAUGGAACAGCAAUACGUACAGCAUCAGUUUGCAUCACCAGCACCCAGCACAAUGUUCCAGCCUGUCCCCGCAGUGGCAAGUUCGUUUGCCGUGUUCUUGCGAAUGCAUCCGUCCUCGACUUAUGUAACAAAUACAAGCCUGUGGAUUUCCACGAUGGCCUCGCAGUCAAUUCAAGAACUACGACAGACGGCAGUCGCCAAGUUUCCUGGUGCGCUGUGCGUUCGCAUCGAGGGUAUCAUAAAGGACCCCAAAGGCAACGAGCUGCCACUGCAGAUUCAGGGCGAUGACGAAUUGGGUGCCUAUUUUGCACAUAUGCAGGGUGGCUCACCGACGUUCUCUGUUCAGCUUGUCUAA